AUGGAUGUGGUAGAGCUGCAGGACUCAUCGCAAGGCCCAUCGGUCAGUUGUAAUGUAGAGGAGCCCAUUCCGGAUGUGGAGGAGCCUGCAGCGAAGAAGGCCAAGACCGACGUCAAGAUAUGCCCUAUAUUCAUCCAAGCCUUGGGGCUAAGGCGGCCACCACAGCAUGCAGCGCGGGAUGGUAUGGUUGAGUGCCCCCUAUGUGAGGAUAGUGGCAUUUAUAUGGUCCAUGGUAGCGGGAAAGAACAGGCCUGUCGAAUGUGCAAGAAGGAAGGGACUGCGGAGGACGAGUUAACACCAUCGACUGUGAUGGGGGUGACUAUCAAAGUGGAGGAUGGCGGGGUGCUGCCGGGGAAGCAACAAGCGCGGCUCGAUUUGAGAGAUUUUUCGCGGGAUCAUCUGGGGGAGUUGGCAUGCCUCGUGCGCGACAAGGGGUUUGAUAUAGUGGAGGCUGCUGAGGCUAUGCGAAGGCAUGACUAUCAACUUUAUGACGCGACGAUGAACCUCACAGCGAUGAAGCAGCUAGCGGAGGAGAAUCUUGCAAGAAAUCAGGCUGCGGAGGCAUCCCUGGCGACGAGGGAUGUUGAAAAUAAGAGGCGAUCCAAGUCGGAGAGAGACGCCUUCCUUGAGGGGGGUGUGGAGUUCCUGGACAUGUUUCGGGCUCUAGCAGGUCCUGACCUGUGGGAACAUCUAGAAGCUAUGAUAGAUUCCCUACUUGGUAGUCGCGAGCUCCGAUUGACUCUGUUCACGUAUCUUCAAGAGAGGAAAAGGGCAAUUAA